AUGCCACCACCCCGUCCAGUUGUACAUGUCCCUUUGGACAAAGAUUUGGCAAGGCUGAGCACUACCAUCUUCUCCCUUGAGAUAGAAACCACACCGCCCCCUACGGGCUUUCACCAGCCCAAGUUUAUGCUCUAUGAUGGAAAAACCGAUCCGUACAUGCAUGUAAGGCACUUCCGGUAUGUUAUGGCUGGAUACAAGCGUAAUAACGCUCUCAUGUGCCUUAUUUUCCCAUCAAAUUUGGGCGAGUUAGGCUUAAAAUGGUUUGAGAGGCCACCGGAGGAAAGCAUCAAAAGGUGGCAGCAGUUGGCGGAAGCAUUCGUGACCCGAUUCAAAACCAACACCAAAAUGCCAAAGGAGGUUGACGACUUUCUAAGUGUCAAGAUGGAGUCGGGCGACUCUCUCAAAGCAUACAACGCCAAAUAUUGGGAAACUUUCAAUAAGAUCCUUGAUUGCCAGACCAACCUGGCAAUCACCCAAUACAAGCGCAGUCUCCCGGUUGAACAUAGACUAAAGGACUUGCUUACGAUGAACCAACCAACUUCCAUGGAACUGUUAAUGCAGUGCAUCAAUGAGCACAUCUGA